UCUCUCUCUCUUCCUCUACUACUCUUUUAGUUCCCAAUGCAUUACUGUUCUUUGGAGUAUUAACUUGAUCAUCGGAGAGUCCACCACAUCCAACUUUGCCCAUCUCUUUCUUCUCUUGAUGUGCAAGUAUCUCUCCGACCGACAGAUCAAUUUUCUGGACGCAACAACUGCACAUCCACCACCCCAUCUCCAUGGUCCAAUUCUUCCAUCCCUCUUAAAUAUUAAGGCUUUCCCUACACUCCCCUCUCUCAUCUCUCACUACCUGCGCUGCACCUUCAGCCUGUAAACAUCUAGUUAGUAGCCAUGAAGAACAACACCUCUAACAUCUCUUCCCCAUUCCUUACCCUCCCAUGGGGUGUUAUUCCUGAUUGGGUACCCACCAGCCUUGGUGGAACCCUGAUAUGCUCCACCCACCCAACCAUUGCACUUCUCAUUCUUUUUCCCCUUCUUUUCAUUGCCCUAUUUCAGUCUCAGAUUCAUAAGAAACCGAGGUCAGCUCCACUCCCACCCGGUCCGGCACCAUGGCCUAUAGUCGGGAGCAUUCCGGAAUUAUUCCGAAAGAAGUCCGUAUUGCAGUGGAUACAUGGGUUCAUGAAGGAAAUGAAUACCGAUAUUGCGUGUUUUCGAUUCGGUGAGGUGCAUGUCAUUCCAGUUACUUGCCCGGAGAUUGCUCGAGAAUUUUUGAAAAAACAAGAUGCUACAUUUGCUUCAAGACCAAUUACAAUGGCGACGGAGUACGUGAGCCGUGGGUUCUUGGCCAUAGUUGAUACACCAUGGGGUGAUCAAUGGAAGAAGAUGAGGAAGGUGGUGGCUUCUGAGGUUAUCAAUCCCACGAGACUUCGAUGGCUUCUUGGGAAACGAACAGAAGAGGCUGAUAAUCUUGUCCACUAUGUGUACAACCAAUGCACUAGUGGUUUAGUUGUGGACGUAAGACUUGCAACUAGACAAUAUAGUGGCAAUGUCAUUAGGAAGAUGAUGUUCAACAAGAGAUACCUUGGGGAAGGAAGGAAGGAUGGAGGGCCUGGCGUUGAAGAAGAAGAAUAUGUUGAUGCACUCUUCACUGUGCUUUCUUACCUGUACGUGUUCUGUGUAUCAGAUUACAUGCCUAGUUUGAGGAGGUUUGAUUUGAAUGGACAUGAGAAGAUCGUGAAGGAGGCUACUGGGAUCGUUAACAAGUACCAUGACCCGAUAAUUGAUAAGAGGAUUCGAGAAUGGAAAGAAGGGAAGAAGAACGAGCCUCAAGAUCUUCUUGAUAUCCUCAUUUCAGUGAAAGAUUCAGAUGGGAAUCCACUACUAUCUACUGAAGAGAUCAAAGCUCAAGUUGCGGACUUAAUCUAUGCAGCGGUGGACAAUCCAUCAAAUGCAGUUGAAUGGGCCUUGGCAGAGAUGAUCAACCAACCUGAGAUGCUUCAAAAAGCUACCGAAGAAAUUGAUAAGGUUGUCGGAAAGGAGAGAUUAGUUCAGGAGUCCGACAUACCACAGCUAAAUUACAUCAAGGCAUGCGCUAGGGAAGCCUUUCGUCUCCACCCGAUCGCCCCUUUUAAUCUUCCACAUGUCUCUAAUGUUGAUACAAUGGUCGCAGGUUAUUUCAUUCCUAAGGGCAGCCAUGUUAUAUUAAGUCGAAUUGGGCUGGGUCGCAACCCUAAAGUUUGGGAUGACCCACUCAAGUUCAAGCCUGAGCGCCAUUUAAAGGAUCCCUCAGUUGAGGUUAAGUUGGUUGAGCCGGAGCUACGGUUCAUCUCAUUUAGCACUGGAAGGCGUGGGUGUAUGGGGGCCGCGCUUGGCUCCGCCAUGACUGUUAUGUUAUUGGCAAGGCUUCUACAAGGGUUCAACUGGGGAGCAAUCCUUGGUGAGUCAAAGAUUGAUCUCAGUGAGUCAAAAACCGAUCUUUUCUUGGCUAAACCUCUGCUUGCAAAUGCUAAGCCACGUUUGGCAUUUGAUGUUUACCCAAUGCAGUAGAAUAAUUCUUGGAGCUAGAGUUGAUUUGAAAUAUUUAGUCGUGCCUUAACCGGGCUGCGGACAUGUUUAAUGUUAAAUGGGCUUUAACCGAUUUUUAAA